UUUAGAUAAUACAGCUUGGUUCCUAGAACGACUUAAAAUAAAAAUUACUGCGAACUCGCAUCCACCAAUAGAAAUUAUCGGCGAACAACAUCAAAAUAUAUUCAUAUUUCAUUCUCAACGUUUUGGCUUUGACAACCGAUUUAGAACAAGUUUCACAUUACUUGGAAAAACAUUUAGUUCAGUUAUGUACACAGGACUAUGGGCAAAAUUUACCCAGAACACUCAGCUAUUCAAUCAGUUACGUGCCACAGGCGAUGGACUUAUUGCGCAGGCGUCCGCAUCAGAACUUUAUUGGAGCAACGGCGUAUGUCCAAAAAGUGCAAAACUGAAAGAUCCUAGCCAAUGGGAAGGCGAAAAUUAUCUUGGAAAACUCUUGAUGGAAUUAAGAAGCGAAAUCAACUCAAGUAUUUAUUGA